GGCUGUGAUUAAACCAACUUAUGACAAUUCAGGAUGCAAUUUGUUACGGCGAUAUUAUGGACAGAUUUAUUUACUCAAAACACGAUUUGCUAUGGGUGAAGGAUCACCUGCCAGUGUUGAGUUUACUUGGUUGGUUGUACAUACAUUUAAUGAUAAAUAUAUCAAGUUUAUCUAGUGAACAUUUUUAUGUGUAUAGGCAUUGGAAUGGACCCAUUACCUAAUGAACAACAUUUUGAUCUAGACAAAAAUUUCAUCACAGCUCGAAAGAGCAUCACAAAAUUGGUAAUAUUCCAAAUUUUCGUUGUGAAAUGUUGUAAAAUGCGGGUAAUGUAGCCCGGCGAAGUUUGCCAUUUUUCAGUCAUUUUGUAUUAGGGAGUUUAAGCUUCGCGUUUCCGGGAACGGCAAACGGCAGAUUCGAACUUUCUUCGCUAAAUUUUCGUUAAACGUUUUCGUUUCAUAUUUUCUUUCUUGCGUCGAAAGAAUAGUCAUGCAUUGCAGUUUUAAAACAGCAAGUUUAUUUACUCUUUAUUGCCUGAUACCGUAAAAUUUUUCUUUGCCUGGCAUUUGCUGUUUGCCAUAUAACGCGAAGCUUAAGGUGGCUCCCUACAGUUCUCUAAAAUUCUAGGUAUUUUGAGUAACGUUCUCUUUCAACCGAAUUUAUAUUAAAUAUACUUAAGACAGGGCAAUAUGAUUGCUGUGUGCAGAAGCUGUGUGCUGUCCAUUUAUGAACAAAUUAAAACAGUGUUCAUGUUGCCACGGCAACCAUGACGUUUAAUCAUUUGUACUUUUAUUGUCUAAUUUCACAAUAAAUUGACAAUAUCUAUAUUUUCCUUCGGUGAAUUUUUCUGAAAUUUUUUUGCAGAUUUAUGGUCCAUAAAGGAAAAACAUAUCAAAAUUUGAAGGGAGGUUUACAAAUAAGUUUUCGAGAUAUUCGUGAAUGUGAACGACAGUUACAGAAAAAGUUAUUUGUAGAAUUUCUUAAAAUUUGGAUAUGUUGUACCACUCGUCUUGUAUAACAAAAAUACAAAGUUUAAAAAAAUUUCACCGAAGAAAACAUGAGAAAAUCAUCGCUAAAAUCGGCGAGGCCAGCAUGAAAAAAAAAUCGACUCGACAUGAGCAUGAUGAUCUGCGCAUGCGUGUAAAUUGUAGCGUGUGAUUUAUAGUGAUUUCAAGUUUUUGGCUUACAAUACAUACGAAAACAGAUACAGUAUUUCUGACUUGUUUGACAUGAAAAUAAAAUAUUAAUCUUGAAAAUACUAAUAAUAAAAACACUAUUACACAUUGUGUUAAAUCCAGUGUUUCUUACAUUUGUUUUUGUUGUUAAAAUCGGUGUGAAGACUUUUCAAAACAUUGAACUACAAGUUUAACUUUUCAUAUAAAACAACUCAUAACUGUUUUAUUUGAUUUAGCAGAUAAAACGAUACCUGUGAAUUGAUUGACAGGACUUACAUAAGUUUCGGCGACAGUUCACUACUGUUCAAGGGUUAAUAGAAGACAGUAUCAUUUCAGUUUGACAGUUCGCAACACAACAAGUUGAAAAUUUUGAGCAUUAUGAAAGACAAUGCUGAACGUAAAUAUGUAAAACACACUAAAAGAUAGGUUAAACUAGUUAUUUAAUAACAUACGUACUGUUCGAAUUCAGAAAAAAUUGGGAUUAUAAUGAAAAACUGGAGCUUUCUUUGUAGAUAAAAACGCCAAAAAACUUCCCGCGGCUUGUUUCAAUAUUUUUGCCGAACCGGCCCGAACAUUGAACACAACAAUUCCACACGCAGGUCGCAAGGAUGAAGUCUGAUCUAUAUAAAUCGUAUUUUAAACUGUAUUAACUGUAGGGAGCCACCUUAAUCUCUCUAUUAAAUGACUGAAAAACGGCAAACUUCGCAGAGCUAUUUUAUCCGCAUUUUACAACAUUUCGCAAUGAAACUUCGGAAUAUUACUAAUUUUGAGAAACUCUUUCAAGCUGUGAUAAAAUUUUUGUUUAGACUUGUCUAGUUCAAAAUUUUGUUCUUUAGGUAAUAGGUCCAUCCAGGUCUGCAAUUGGCAAAUGUCUAUUGUAUCUGGUUGCUGAACCAUAUAGGGUUGUCUCAGGUUGGCAAAAAAUUGCUGGCCUGCAAUGAUGCUUUUAGUUUUAGUUACUCAUGGUAUAUAGAAUUUUAUACAGUUUGAAUGCAGCAAUUCGAUCCUUACUAUUUUUUUAAUUAAACUUGUAAUAAUUUGUUAUAAUUGUGGAACCAGCUUUAGCUGACAUUGUUAGCUUGAUUAAAUGCACUUUAUCAUCAUGCAUUAAUUCGUGAAACACUAUAUGUAGCCAAAGUUUAUAAUUCUUAUUUUUUUAGGACUGAUCUUUACACAGAAGAUCCCAUCACUAUACCUGAUAUUUCGUAUGAACAAUCUUCAAUUUUAUUUAAUUUAGGUGGGUUACUUAAAUACUGUAUACUGCAGGGUUUUUUUCCAUUUUAUUCUUUUCUGCACAGUUUUUCACUUUUAAUGCAUGUUGUUUUUGUUAUUAAUGUAGGAGCCCUUCAUUCAUUGUUGGGUUCAAGAGAGGAUAGGGUGUCAGAAGAGGUUUGUAGUCUGAGUUUUGAUAAUUAUUUGCACUCAUGUUAACCAUUAUUCAUAUGUGAAGCCGGAGUUAACAAUGCAACCUGAUGCGCCCUACUUUAUUGUUUUAACACUACAUAAUUUUAAUCAUCAAGUGCGGUGAUAGUGCUUGCACUCACUGGGUUGCAUUCAGUGGCAGAAAUUCACUUUUUCUGGUGGGGGGCAAAACCUCCUAAAUUUCCGAAAAAAACGUCCAAAUUUCCGACAUUCCCCCCCAUUUGCACUUGAAAAGACUGUUUUUAGCCCUCUUUUAGGUCAAAAUUUCCGAAAAUUUGUCAAUUUUCCCCGAAGGUGGGGGGGGGGGGGGCGCCUGCCCCACCAAGAUUUCCACCACUGGUUGCAUUGUGCUCUAAUCAUGAUUCAUCCUACUCUUUUAUUUUAGAUUGUUGCUGCAAAGUUAAUUAUGUGUAUAUAACAAAAUCUUUGCCAGGAUUAGGAGGGUGUCUAAAAUCUAAAUGUCCAGGGAGUUUUAUGGUUACCUGCAAAUUACCCAGAAUAGCCAAAAGCAACAACAGACUAUGUGUGUACUGGGCCAACAUAUUAUAUGCUCAUUUUUCACACUGACAUCACAAUGAGUUUUAAUAUUUAAGAGUCUCAUGGAGCAUUUAAAACUAUUUUGAAUAUUAAACAUUUGAGACUACUCGCUAAGGCCUUGGUUUAUAAUUGUAGGUGCCAAUGUAAGUAGCAAUUGAAAGAAAUUUAAGAGUACAGUUGCAAACUUUUGUACAUGAUGUAAUAUACAACUACUGUACUGUACCUAAAGAAUACAAAAAAACUCCAAUUUCAAAACAUUGAAAUUCUUGUCAAUUUAUAUAAAAUGAAUGUUAUUUUUCUAUGUAGGGUAUGAAGGUUGCCUGCACACACUACCAGUCAGCAGCUGGUGCCUUUACAUACAUAAAGGUAAUUGCUAUAAUAUAGUCAGGAAUCUGUGAGUUUGUAAAUCAUGCUCCUUUAGUCAUUUGCAACUUCUUUGCAAGCAUAACCAAAUUCCCAAUUUUUGUUUCAAUUCCAAUGUUAGAAUUGUUUUGUUAAUAGCAUAAAUGUUUCACAAAUUUUCACAAUUUUGUAUGUGUUAAUCUAGUCUUGUUUUGAUGUACAUACAGUAGAUUUUACC